AAUGAACUUUAACAUCUAAAUGUUCUCAGGUCCCUCCAAUGCAGCAGCCAAUGGUUGGUGUGGGUUCUCUCCAACCUCCUGUCUUUCCUGGGCCUAUAGGCAUGCCUCCACCUUCCUUCCCUCCAGGUGUCCCGCCGCCUCCUUUCAUCAGACCUGGCUUCAACCCCAUGCAAAUGCCUCCAGGUUUUCCUCUCCCCGGUGCUAUGCCUCUUGGUCCCCCUCCUCCUUCUAAAACUGGAGUUGAGGACUCCCCUCUAGACCCAGCAGGUCUGGGAAACCGGAAAAAUGAUGAGGCCCUUGAGGCUCCCAACAUCUUUAAUAACCAGAUGGGAUCUAUGGUUAACCAGGUAGGCUUGCCUCCAGGUGCUCCUCCAGGUGGACCUCUGGGUGCUCCUCCAGGCGGACAUCUAGGCGUUCCUCCAGGUGGACCUCCAGGUGCUCCUUCAGGUGGACCUCCAGGUGCUCCUCUGGUGGGGCCCCCAGCCGGCCAUCCCGGCAGCAUCCCACCCCCCUCAGGUGGUCUUCUAGGGGCACGGCCUGGUUUGAUUCCCCUCCAGCGUCCUCCUGUUCCCCCACCAACACACAUGCAGCGUUUCCCACCGCCCCAUGGCUCAAGGCCACCUCACCCCGGCAUGCCCCCCAUGCCCCCACAGAUGAUGCCCAGGGGACCACACCCUCAAAUGAUGCAGCACCAUGAGCCACCUCCACCUAAAGGAGCCUUUGGGAUGCCCCCUCCGCACAAUUUAAGGGCUCCUUUCCCUCAUGGGCAUGGCCCUCCUCCUCAGGGUCCACCUCCUUUUACCCGACCAGGCGGUCCUCGGAGUCUAGAGGGGCCAGAAGAAAUGGAUAGCAGACCAUUCAGGGGAGACAGGCCUGGUUUCAGGGACAGAGAGCUAGAGAGGGACAGAGACUGGGAUCGAGAUAGGGAAAGAGACAGGGAAAGAGGUUUUGGAGGUGGCAGGCGUCCAUUUGGCGAUGGAGGGAGAGGAGCAGGUGGUGAUAAAAUGGAUGGUAGGGACAGGCUUGGAGGAUGGCAGGAAGAUGGAGGUGAUCACCGGGGUGGAGGAUGGGAGAGAGACAGAGACCGAGAUCGUGACAGAGAUCGCGACCGGGAUCGAGAACGGGAUCGACAGAGACAGACGGGACUGGAGGGAGAGGCGAAGCAGCCUCGAUAGUGACAGGGAACGUGCCAGGGGCGAGGAUGGAGAUAGGGAGCGAGCAAGGGGGGAGGGAACAGAAAGAGGAAGUCGUGAGAGAGGCAGAGGAGCCGAGGCAAAAGGAGACAGACCAAGGCGGUCAGAACGGCGUGAGAGGACCACACGCUGGGACAAAGAUGACCGUUUAGCCGAACUGGAAAACAUGGACAGAUUUCGGACCCCUAACAGUACAGAGCAACCUUGCGUGACCCCUGAGGUUACCAAGGAAACCAGUAAGGAGCCAGGUGUGGAAGCUUCUGAAAAGAAGCCAGAAUCAGAACUUAUAGCUCCGCCUCCAGAGGGAACUGCUUCUACAGGAGACGCGGCACCCUCUGAGCCAGCUCAAAGUGAGCCCACAGAAACAAACGAGGAGGCAGCAUCAUAGACUGCUGUGAACCACUGAUGGAUAGGAACGUGUCUCUGCCAUGAUAGUCAGUCUCAGUUCUUGGCAGACUGAUUCAAACUAAUCACAGUUUGUUCGUCACUGACUGACAGUUUCUGGGCAGUAAGUCGAAAAGAUCUCCCACAAAUGUUGUUAAGCGUAUGAAAAUUGAUGUUGUCAGGCUUCACGUGUCAGAAUUAGGCCUGUGUUUCAAAACAAGUGAAAAUCACUUUGGAUAAAUGGCCGUAGUUUUUCUCCUUCCUGCAGGUUAUAAGAACGGACAGUGUUUGCAUGCUCAUGUUGCUCUGCCUAUUUGUUUUUGCUGUAGUUGGUUUGCCAACGAAGGAAACGACUGAUUUGUAUGACACAUUUCUUUUACUUCACAACCCUAAUUUACAGGAAAAAAAGGAUGUUCUCAAAGAUGUAAAUGGUAUUGUUUUAGAUUAAUGUUUUUAAAUUUGCCAAAUUGUCAUCAUGUCAAACACUGAAUAACUUUUCAAGCAACUCCAUUAUACCUAAGCUUUUUUGUUUGUUUGUUUGUUUUUUUAAUUAUCUCAUUGCUUUUUUUGUGCUCUAAAUUCUCAUUGCAUUUUCACAACCAGGAAGGCACAGGUUUGAAAGGGGUUGUUGUGGCCUUAAAAUCAAAUUCAGUUACUUGCAGGGCGUGCAAUUUAAAACUAAGGAAAAGGAAAAAAAGAAGACAAAUGGGAAAUACAAACUCCUUGAUGUUUGGGUAAUAUACACUUUGAGUUAGAUGUUGGAAUAAUAACACAGCCCUUCUUUGAGUUAUGUCCCCACUUUCUGCCCAUUGAAUCACAUCAGUAAGAAUAAAAACAGAGCUUUAGUGCAAUAACUGAUGAUUUUGUGAAAUAUACCAUAUCCUUAAAAAGUCACAGCAUAACAGUUUUUUUUUUAUAUUAAUUUUAAAGACAUAUGCUAGUACAGGGUCUCUUUAAAAAAACGAUCAUAAAACCUGUUAUAAUCGAACUGUAUCGUCACAACAUCGCUGAUCCCAGUGUGUUAGCUCUCAAAAUCUUUUACUGUGUUUGCAUUUGAUUAUAUGAUACAAACCUUUACAACUGGUCAUAACCAUGAACCUAAACUAUAACAGAAGCCGUAUAAAUCUACAAUAAAACCUGUAAAGUAGAUUAAGCUUGAUAUUGACAUGAGGUCAAUAAAAGCCCAAGGUAGGCUUUGUUUUUGAAGUCGGAGUGAUCUAAACAUUCAGAAAUUGUCUUGCUUAAAUAAAAGUCCUUUGCAAGCGAAUCAACGUGUCACCUUGAAUAACAGAUCAUCAAAAAUAGAAACAAAGAAGAGGCUACUGGUAAAGUUAAGAAUUAAUACUGCCUGCCUAAUUUUGAAAACAAUGUUUGCACCAUAAAGGUGUACAAGUAAAGUGUCACUGAAAACGUUAUGUUUUGUUUUUUCCCCCUCCGACAUUCGUACCUAAUGUGCGUGUGUGUGUGUGUGCGCAUUUUGGUUUUUAUUUCCUCAGCUAAAGAAAGAGAAGAACUUCCUCAGAUUCAGCAGAUAAAAAUCUAGUUAUUUUAUUGUUAAUUAUUCGGAAUGUGCAAAUAUUCAGGCCCAAGCUUAGGUGGCUAUUGAGCAUUUUGAUUAACCCUGUGAGGAUCAGAAAUAACUCAACACUCCUAACACUAUGUUUUGCUGGAAAAUAACCUAACAAUUUUUGGGGGGAGGAAAAAUGUAAAUAGCUUUAGAUUCUUGUGAGCUAGAAUGUUUAGGGCUUUUGUUUGUUUUUUUUGUCCCCUAAUUGCUGAGACAUGGGAGAACAAUUUUCGCAAGCCAAAUUCUAAUAACAUAGGGUCCCGGUUUUCUUGCACUUCUCACAAGGAUAGAUACAAGUUUCUGUGUACGUGGUUGGUUGUCCCUUAGUAGAAGUCCAUUGUUGGAUCACACACAAGAGUCCUGUUGUGUUUUGGAAGCAUUUUCCAUCUUUCUCGUCCAUCUAUCACAGUCAUAAAUUAGUUUUGACUACAUGGAAAUACAGAAUGAAUCCUGUGGCUAUUUGCUUUUUUGCUCUUUGAUAAAACACAGCUUACUAACUUGGUCUCUGUAUCACUGUAGACAUACUGUAUCUGAUAUUGUUAAAAUCUCAAGCCCAGAUUCAGCAAGCAUAAUACUUGUUCCUGAACAAUUUCACACGAACUGAGACAAAGAGGGUAUAUCUAACGCGAUGAGAUGAAGAACAUUGCUUGGGACACUGCUGUAAAUAUGCUUGUAUCACUGACGAUUUUGAAAGACUCGCAGUAAUUUCUGUUAAUAAUCUGUGAUUUCUUUUCUGAGAGAAACGCGUCGACUUGGAAGGAACAACAGAGGCCCUUUGCUUUAACGUUUUUAACUCCUAGUGGUUUGAAAAUUGACAGAUGUUUCUAUGAUUUGUUAAAAAAAAAAAGCAAAAGACAUGGACAUAAAAUCUUCAAUAUUUCAACCAUAGGAUAUUGUUUUUAAUAAACUAUUUUUGUACCAAAUUA